GUGAACGCUGUAGAAGGUGAAUGUUGGUGUCUGGUGUGGCUGUAGCAAAAGCCCAAAAAAAUGGGUUCCAUCGAAAACAUUUCCGAAUUGUGCCGUUUGUGCUUAGUUAAGGACCAAGUAAAUGUACCAAUUUUCGAAGAAAAUGCUAGCAAAGAACAGACUUUUGUGAAAAUCAAUUCGUGUCUGCCGGUGAAGGUAUCUCGCGAUGACAGCCUGCCCAAAAAGAUCUGUGAUGGAUGUUCCUGUAAAUUAGAUAUGCUCUACAACUUCCGGAACACGAGUGUAGAUUCCGAAAAACAAUUAUUAAAAUGGCUCAAUCAAGCCGAUUUAAGUUGUUCUCAGUCAGCGGCAAAAGACCCCCUAGCUAGUACAAAACCCGAAAUCAUGAUUAAACAAGAGACCUUUGAACCAACUGAUUCUCGAGGGGAUGACAACUCUGAUAUGGGUAUGGACACUCAUAGUUACUUAAUGCAACAGCAGAAGUUGCCUUAUCCGCAAGAAUUCGAAUUCGGGGGGCCUUCCGAAUCAAAUGUGGGGUUAAUGACUGAUGAACCUGCACCAAAGAGGGCGAAACGUGCCGCUGCUUUGAAUAAAGCACCUAUUGAGACUGAUGAUGAUGAUCUUGAUGCUGCCAUGCAGAUAACCAAGGCGGAAGAGGAAGAUAGCGAAGAAAUAGAUCAACCUGAUUAUGUUGAAGCACCUUCAACUAGUGCCGAUGAUCAACCUGGCCCUUCUGGGGUGGGCAAGGCCUCCGUUGAAGCACCGCAAUAUUUGGAGCAAAUGCUAAAAUGCAAACUUCCGGAAGUCGACAUAAUCCCCGUGAAGCAACAACUGCGAUUAAAGUCCCUCAACCAAAUGAAAACACGAGGCAAAAAAAUCCCUUACAAAAACCCCUUCAUUUACACCAACUCGAAACCGAGUAAUCGCAAAGUGAAAAAACGCUCAACUCCGGAAAAUCGUAGUAUAAAAUGGGCUUGCAUGAUUUGUUCAGACGUUCAAGAAGAUAAACAAUCUCUGAUUGAACAUUACGAGUUUCACAAGAAUGAAACUGAGAGUCUUGGUCUUGGAGACCACUCUAGUGGCGACUACUUCCUUUGUCCGGUCUGCUUGACCGAUUUUACUUCCUUGAAGAGUUACGAGAAGCACGUGGAGAACCAACAUGGAGAAAAACACUUUGCUUGCGACGAGUGUAACAAAUUUUUCAAAAAUGCCUACCAGUUGUGCAUCCACAACUACAACAUUCACUCCACUGAGAAAAUCUACAGAUGCGUUAUGUGCAAUUUCACUACAAAACUUUUGAAAUCUUUGCGUCCUCAUUUGAAGCAGAAGCACGAAGAUGAGUUUAAAUAUCGGUGCGAGAUUUGCAACCGCGGYUUUGCAUCAGCGACAUGGUACGAGGAACACAAGAACUUCCACACAGGUGCUAUGCCCUUCGAGUGCGAAAUCUGCUUCAAGAGUUUUCCCUACACGAGAUAUUUGAUCGCGCAUAAAAAAACUAUGCAUCCGGAUGUGCAAUCCGUGUCUCCAGCCACACACGAGUGUGACAUUUGCCACAAACGAUUUGCGCAUAAGAAGAGUCUAGUGUUGCACAUUCGGGGGCACACGGGAGAAAACACCGUUUUGUGUGAAAUGUGCGGCAAGAGUUUGUCGAGUUCGGAGCAUUUGAAGCAGCAUAUUAGGAUUCAUACAGGGUACAAGCCGCACACCUGCUCGGUCUGUGGCAAGAGUUUCGCCAAAAAGUGCAACUUGACGUUGCAUGAAAGGGUGCACAGUGGCGAAAAGCCGUAUGUUUGCAACACUUGCGGCAAAUGCUUCUCGCAGAGGUCCACUCUUGUUAUUCACCAAAGAUACCACUCAGGGGAGCGGCCGUAUGUGUGUCAUUUGUGCACUAGGGGGUUCGUCGCCAAGGGACUUUUGGGGGUUCAUUUGAAAACUUGUUCAGGGAUGCCACUUGAUUAGGGGUUCGGUGUUUUUCUUGUUGUGAAUAAAUUUGGAUUGUCUUACUUUGGUUGAAUUUUUCCGGUGAGGGGCGGCAUUUUAAAUGCCCAUUAUUUUGUUUUCUGGAUAUAAAUUUGUAUAAUUUAUUUUCGUGUUUUUAUUUUGAAAUUAGUAAUAGUUCUUCAUUAUUGUAUUUCUGUAAAAAUUAAUUGUUUUCUUUGAUUUUUGAAUAAA